AUGGCUGGUAAUGAGUGGAUUAAUGGUUACCUUGAGGCUAUACUAUCAACUGGCGGCGGUGCUUCUAGCACUGUCGAAGAGCAGCAAAGGGUGGCGGCUGCUGCGAGAGAAAGUGGUGAUCAGUUCAAUCCAACUAAGUACUUUGUGGAAGAAGUGGUGAGUGCUGUCGACGAGUCUGAUCUUCAUCGUACAUGGCUCAAAGUUGUUGCUACUCGUAACACGAGGGAACGUAGCUCGAGGCUCGAGAACAUGUGUUGGCGUAUUUGGCAUCUUGCUCGCAAGAAGAAACAGGUGGAAGGGGAAGAAAUUCAAAGAUUGGCAUACAGAAGAUGGGAAAGAGAACAAGGGCGAAGGGAUGCGACCGAGGAUUUGUCUGAAGAGUUAUCAGAAGGAGAAAAAGGAGAUGGAGUUGGGGAGAUAAUACAAAUUGAGAUUCCACAGAAAAAAAUUCAGAGGAUUAAUUCUACCUUGGAACUGUGGUCUGAUGACAAAAAGGAAAAGAAGCUUUACAUUAUCCUCUUAAGUUUGCAUGGAUUGGUCCGAGGAGAAAACAUGGAGCUUGGUCGAGAUUCUGAUACUGGCGGACAGAUUAAAUAUGUGGUAGAACUUGCUCGAGCACUAGCUAAAAUGCCAGGAGUAUAUAGAGUAGAUCUCUUUACGCGUCAAAUAUCGUCUACUGAAAUUGAUUGGAGCUAUGGAGAGCCUACAGAAAUGCUAUCAGCAGGUCAAGAGGAUGAGAAUGAUGAUAGCACUGGCGAAAGCAGCGGUGCAUAUAUCAUAAGAAUACCGUUUGGCCCGCGCAAUAAGUAUCUCGAGAAAGAACUUCUAUGGCCACAUAUACAAGAAUUUGUAGAUGGAGCUUUGGCUCAUAUUCUCAACAUGUCAAAAGUAUUGGGCGAACAAGUCGGUGGUGGACAACCUGUAUGGCCUUAUGUGAUUCAUGGACACUAUGCGGAUGCUGGUGACAGUGCUGCGCUUCUUUCGGGCGCUUUGAACGUUCCAAUGGUUCUAACUGGUCAUUCACUUGGAAGAAACAAGCUUGAACAGCUUCUUAAGCAAGGGCGACAAUCGUUGGAGGAUAUCAAUUCGACGUAUAAGAUAAUGAGGAGGAUCGAAGCAGAAGAGCUUUCUUUGGAUGCUGCUGAACUUGUCAUCACUAGUACUAGACAAGAAAUCGAUGAGCAAUGGGGACUUUACGACGGGUUUGAUGUCAAGCUUGAGAAAGUUUUGCGCGCUCGUGAUAGGCGCGGUGUUAAUUGCCACGGUCGUUACAUGCCAAGAAUGGCGGUUAUUCCUCCGGGUAUGGACUUUAGCAAUGUAGUGAGACAAGAAGAUGGCCCUGAAGUCGAUGGCGAUCUCUCGCAGCUUACCCGUCGUGCUGAUGGAUCUUCACCAAAAGCUUUACCUGCAAUAUGGUUAGAAGUGAUGCGUUUCUUUACAAAUCCUCACAAGCCUAUGAUAUUGGCCUUAUCAAGACCAGAUCCAAAGAAGAACAUAACAACUUUGCUAAAGGCUUUUGGAGAAUGUCGCUCGUUACGAGAACUAGCUAAUCUUACUCUUAUAAUGGGAAAUAGAGAUGACAUAGAAGAGAUGUCUUCUGGAAAUGGAAGUGUUCUCACAACUGUGUUGAAAUUGAUUGACAAGUAUGAUCUAUAUGGACAUGUCGCGUAUCCUAAACAUCAUAGACAAUCUGAUGUACCUGAGAUAUAUAGAUUUGCUGCUAAAACAAAGGGAGUUUUCAUAAAUCCUGCUCUAGUGGAACCUUUUGGUCUUACUUUAAUUGAGGCCGCUGCACAUGGAUUGCCAAUGGUGGCCACUAAAAAUGGCGGACCAGUUGACAUUAAUCGGGCUCUCAACAAUGGUUUGCUUGUGGAUCCUCAUGAUCAUCACGCAAUUGCUGAUGCUUUGCUCAAAUUGUUAUCAGAGAAAAACUUAUGGCAUGAAUGCAGAAAAAAUGGUUGGAAGAACAUUCAUCUUUUCUCAUGGCCCGAACAUUGUCGAACUUAUUUGACACGUGUUGAUGCGUGUCGAAUGAGACAUCCACAAUGGCAGAAUACUGCUCCAGAAGAUGAUGUAGAUGUAGAUGCUGAAGAGUCUUUCAAUGAUUCACUUCGAGAUGUUCAAGAUAUGUCGCUCAGGCUCUCGAUUGAUGGCGAAUUCGUUGCAGCAAAUAGCGGUGGUAACGGUCUUGAUAUGCAAGACCAAGUGAAAAAUAUUCUAAGCAGGAUAAGAAAGCAAGAUUCUGGUUCAAAUAGUGACAUGUUGCUUGAUAACGUGCCAAACAAGUAUCCUUUAUUAAGGCGGAGACGCAGGUUGAUUGUUAUAGCACUUGAUUCUUAUGACAGUAAUGGAGAUCCCGAUAAAACAUUGAUUGAGAUAGUUCAAAGGAUAGUUAAAGCUGUUCAGUUAGAUCCUCAAACCGCAAGAGUUACGGGAUUCGCUCUGUCAACCGCUAUGACAAUGCAAGAAACGAAAGAGUUUUUAACAUCGGGAAAUGUUCAAGUAACUGAGUUUGAUGCUAUAAUUUGUAGCAGUGGGAGUGAAGUUUAUUACCCCGGUGUUCACACCGAAGACGGAAAGCUUUUGCCUGAUCAUGAUUAUGACGUGCAUAUAGAUUAUCGUUGGGGCGUUGAAGGUUUGAAGAAUACUAUUCGUAAACUUAUGAAUGCCUCCGAUGGAGAAGAAAAUCAUGGAAAAACAGUUAGUCCUAUUGAGGAAGAUUCGAAAUCAAGUAAUGCACAUUGUAUUUCAUACAAAAUAAAUGAUCUUAGUAAGGCGAAGAAAGUUGAUGACUUGAGGCAAAAGCUUAGGAUGAGAGGUUUAAGAUGUCAUCCGAUGUAUUGUAGAGGAUCUUCUAGAAUGCAUGUUAUUCCUCUUCUUGCAUCUAGAGCUCAAGCACUAAGGUAUCUGUUUGUGCGAUGGAGAUUAAACGUCGCAAACAUGUAUGUGAUCCUAGGAGAAACCGGGGACACUGAUUACGAGGAACUGAUUUCGGGAACACACAAGACUAUAAUAAUGAAAGGUGUUGUGUCAAAGGGCUCAGAAGAAUUGCUUAGAGGUCCAGGAAGUUACCAAAGGGAUGAUGUUGUACCAAAUGAGAGUCCUCUUGUGGCAUAUGUAAGUGAUACAAAAGAGGAAACUAUUGCAGAUGUUUUGAAGCAACUUUCAAACUCUGGAGGGAAUUGA